AUGCUCUGUCAGAAAGGUGCAGCCAAAAAAUAUCCUAGUCAGCCGAAGAAGUUUGGUGAGGGGCAGUUAGAGGCAUUACUGGCAGAAAAUUCAUCUCAGACGCUUAUACAGUUGUCUGAAACGCUAAAUGCAGUUCGGGGCAGUCUCCAGACAGACUGUAAAUGCCAUGGUGUGUCCGGUUCAUGUAACAUUAAAACUUGCUGGAAGGCUUUACCAAGGCUAUUUGACAUAGGAGAACGUCUAAAAAGGAAAUAUUCUAUUGCCACGGAAGUCGUACAACGCCAGAUCGGAUCACGACGUAAAUUAAUGCCGGCAAAUGGUAAACUUUCUAUGUAUCAGAAAAACGAUUUGAUUUUUGUGGCUAAAUCUCCAGAUUAUUGCCUCAGAGAUGAUAGAGUAGGAUCUCUAGGAACACAUGGCAGACUUUGCAAUAUUACAUCUCAAGGUACAGACAGUUGUGACUCCAUGUGUUGCGGACGAGGCUACAGAGCUUUCACAAUGGAAAAGCUGGAUCGCUGUCAGUGCAAAUACUACUGGUGUUGUUACGUAAAGUGCAAAACGUGUCGGACGUUGAUUAAUGCUCAUGCAUGCAAUUAAUAUAAAUUAAUGCACCAAAAGUUGAUUAUUCUGAGAAGACAACAUAAAAAUGAAUCAUGUUGUAGCUAUGUUAAAAGCAAUUUAAAACGUAUUUAACAUGUUUGAAACUAUUGCACCAAAUAUACUAUACAGAGUGCAGAAACAUUUGCUUGCUAAAAAUCUUGACAGUUCAAUGGAAUAAACAAAUCCUACAGAUGAUGCACAAGUAUACAUAAAUUAUUGAUGGAUAAUUAUUAAUAUUGGUGAACAAUUUAGCCUACCUAUGUUCAGAAGGUGGAAAGCUCGACAAUAACCAUGUAAUAUUAAUAACUAUAAUAAGAAUUCUUCAGUUAAAUUUCAAUUUGCUAUCUUUAUAUUUAUGCUAGUUUUUCACAACAUUUUCUUCGUCGUGAAAUUGAUAUGAGAAGUGAGAAAUGCAAGGAAAUCUCUCCUGCCCUGAAACUAAAUUUCGCCAGUUUUACUAAUUUAGAUAUAAAUUAAUAAAAAGUAAUUGUACCAGUAUAAAAUUAAAAUAAGAGAAUCAAAUGAAUGAUUUUCUAAACAUUCUGUAUAAAAAAUACUAACAUUUAGCUUUUUUUGAAAAUGUGAAUUAUACAGAGCUGCUAAAACUGAUAACAGCUGUGCACAGAAAAGAGGCUAAAAAUGGCAGCAUGAAAUGUAAAUCAUCAUAAGAAAGAAUAUUGGAGCUGCAUAAUACGGAUGACCAAUGACUUCAUUUUUAGAAGAAAAAUUUUAAGGCAUGUAAAUAAAUAAAAAAUAAAAUAAUAAUAAUAAAAAAACUUUGAAUUCUCUUCCCUUUUUCCAACUUUGGUAGCAGUAUUUAAGUUGCAUAUUAAACAAUAAAAAGAAGAUUAUGAAAUUCUGCAUUUACUCUACUCAUAAAUGUUGAAGUUCUAAACAGAAAAGUUUGCACAUACAGUUUUCAGCACAGUAUAGAGAAGCUAUAAAAAAUAACAGAUGUUUUCCUGUUUUAUUAAAGAGAGAAACUAUUAAAUUUCUUACUGCAAAAUCGGUCUCAGCGCUAUUAGCUAUAUCAAAUAACUUUUCAAGAUCAUCGUAAAGAUCUUCACAUGUAGGUUGAUUCAUAGUACAUGUGAGGAUAUAACGGAAUUUUGCUCUUUACUAAAAAAGUUUUCAUACACACACACACAUAUACAGUCAAAAGUCGUUAAUCCGGACUCGUCGGGACUUCGGCGAUUCCGGAUUAUCGAUUUUUUCGGAUUAUAGAUCAUC